UCAACAAUUUAUAAAACAAAUUAAAACAUGGACUUUGGGAUAAUGUCAACUUUCAACAACAACAAUAAUACUUCAAAAAUCUCAAGUCAUAAUGAAAAACAACAUGGAUCUCUAGUGUUCACUAAACAACAAAGAUCCGACUACAAUACAAAACACAAACUUGACAUUGAUCAACAACAACAAAACUUGUUUCCGACCUCAAAAUCUUUAAGAAGUGAUUACUUUGACCAACCAAAUAAAACAAUGUCUUCAAGAUCUGAUUCUUUGCUUUCAGUUUCAGCUCCUAAUUUUGAUGAUGCCGAUAACAAUAAUAAUAUUAUGCUUAGUUUUUCUUCUUCUUCAAAUUCAAAUUCAAAUACUACUAAAGAUGGUGCUUCGCAUUUUUCUUUCUAUCAGCCUCCACCUUCUUAUAUUAAAAAUACAGGGUUACAAACAGGUAUGCAUAUGCCUGCUGUUUCAAGGUAUAAAGGACCAUUUACCCCUUCUCAAUGGAUGGAACUUGAACACCAAGCUUUGAUCUAUAAAUAUCUUGUUGCUAAUGUGCCUGUUCCGUCGCAUUUGCUCACUUCUCUCCGAAAGUCGCUUAACACUUUCUUUUUCCCCGGAUCUUCGUCUUCAAUCUCCUAUGCCCCCAAUUCAUAUGGAUGGGGAACUUUCCAUCUCGGGUUCUCAGGUAAUGGCGAUCCAGAUCCAGGGAGGUGUCGUAGAACAGAUGGGAAGAAAUGGAGGUGCUCUAGAGAUGCUGUCCCUGAUCAGAAAUACUGUGAAAGACACAUCAACAGAGGCCGCCAUCGUUCAAGAAAGCCUGUGGAAGGCCAAAAUGGCCAUGCUGUCUCCGGUCCUGCUGCUUCUAAAGCGGGCCAAGUUGUUUCCUCCUUGUCUGUACCCAUUUCCACCAGCCAGGUAUCCACUACCGCUCUUGCUGGUGCUACUGUCAACAACCAGUGCACGCUCUUGCAGCACCAUAACGCCGUUCUCUCUUCAUCCAUAGUGACCCCCAUUAAUAGAGGACAAGAAUCACAAACGUUUGGUAUUAACUUGUUUUCGAUUCCAAAACAACAUAACACAACUGAAGAAUCAUCCGAGUCUUUGAUGAAUCCCACAAACUUUAACUCAUUCUUGGAUCAAGGUGCACCUAACCCUAACCCACUUCCGAAUUUUAUAGAUGAAUGGUCCAAAGAACAGUCACUUAAGUCAGACUGGACCCAGCUCUCUAUGUCCAUUCCCAUGGCUUCAGAUUUCUCGUCAUCCUCAAACUCUCCUGCUCAAGAGCAACUUACUACGCCACCACUUGCUCUGACUACUGAGUUUGACCUUGAUCCAACCCAUAAACAAGGAUUAAACUGGAUUCCCAUUUCAUGGGGAAACUCGAUGGGUGGUCCACUGGGUGAAGCCUUGAAUCAAACUUCUGGUAAUAGUGGGAUACAGAGCAAGAAUGCAUCAUCUGGCUCAGAGAUGAACCAGAUGAAUGAAAUGUGGGAUGCAGUUAACUAUCAUGUAGGAUCUUCACCUACAGGAGUGCUUCAGAAAACGACAUUCGUCUCACUAUCCAAUAGCAGUUCCGGGAGCAGCCCUAAAGGCGACAAAAAGGAUGAAUAUAGCGGCAGCCUUUGUGACGAACUGCUUGUUUCAACAUUCGCCAAUUAAUCUUCCUUGUAAGUUUGUAUCCAGUUUGAGAUAAUGGAGUUUUCGUUUGGCUUUGUUGGUUUUUUGACCUUGUUUUUUUAUUGGCAAAGGUUCAAUUAAAAGCCAAUUUGGAGCAAAAAAAAAAAAACAUGUAUCAAAAAACAUUUGUUGCUUCUUUCCAAGUAACCUCUGAUGUAAGAUUUAGUGUUUUGUAUGAAAAUACAUUGAUAUUUCUUGUGAA